AUGGGGCCCGACGAUGACUGCGACUACGUCGCGGUGUGCGCCUCAGCAUCGGUGAUUCAAGAGUCUGGCGCCACGCUGCCGCGGGUGGUGGCCGAGAGCUUCUUUGGGGUGGUCGCGGGCAAUGUGGGCAAUACCAAGGUGGCGGUGGUGGUGGGCGGCAGUGUCAACAGUGCUGGCGUGGUUUCAGGGGGGGCCGAGUAUGAGCUGGGCUUCAGGCGUAAUGGUCAUCAGCACAAGCUGACCGGGCUAGCGCCUGUGCUGUCGGCGGAACCUGGGCAGCACCGCCGUGGCGCCCCCAAGGUGCCGCCCAACUCCUGGCUGGUGCUGGCCCUGCUGCCCAGCGGGGGCGUGGCCGCCCACACCUACCCGCCAGGCUCACAGGAGGCCCAGGCGCUGGAGGAGGGCGGCAAGGGGGCAGGCGAGCACCCAGGUCCCAACCGCACGCCAGGCAGCGCCGGCGUAGGUGCCUCCGGGGCCAAGACGCGGCGGCGGGCGGCCGGCGGCGGGCAGCAGCGGCAGGCGCCUGGCCAGGCUGCACAGGUGGCGCGCGCCUCGCAGCGGGCAGCCACGCCGGGGGAGAGUGGCGACGAUGCUGAUGCGGCUGCAGCCCUGAUGAUUGUGGCUGGCGGCAGGCCGCGCGGCUCCAGCCCGCAGCCAAGGAGGUCCAAGGCGCAGGAGGAUGUGGACCAGUUGGCAGAGGCGAGGCGGCGGAAGCGGAUGGUUGUGGAGGAGGAGGCCCGGGAGCGCACGGCCAGGAUCGAGCGGCGGCGGCAGCAGGAGCAGCAGGCCCAGCAGCCAGAGGACAAGGCAGCAAAGAGCCGGCGCAAGCGGAAGCAGCACGAAGAGCGGCCCAGCCCAGCGGCCGCAGCGGAUGCCGCCAAGCCGCGGCGGCGGCGGCAGGCCGCAGAGCCAGCAGGUGGCGCGCAGGACGACCGGCGGGCCGGCGCAGCAGAGCAGCAGCACCAGGUGCAGCAGGCAGCAGCAGGCAGCGGCCAAGCCCAGGCUGCUGGAGGAGCAGAGCAGCAGCACCCGCAGGCGGCAGGCGCGGCAGGCCAGCUGGCACCGGCGGGCACCAUGCAGCUGCUGGUGCAGCAGCAGGCACCAGAGUUGGCGAUGCCCCAGCUUGGCCUCGCGUGGCAGCAGAUGCAGGCGUUUAUGCUGCGGCAGGCUGCUGGUGGCCUCCUGGAUCCCCGCACCGCACUGGCGGCAGCAGCGUUCGGCCUGAUAACACCGGCGCAGGGCCUGGGUGUGGGCGCACACGCGCAGGCAGCGCCAGCGCCAGCGCACAACCCGCCGCCGCCCCAGCAGCAGGCGGCAGCGAGGCAUCGCCAGCUGCCCGGCAGCGUCAUCCGCCUGCUGGGUGAUGUGUUUGACGGCGCGGCGCCGCAUUGCAUCGCGCCCCUCAAGGAGUGGAUGCUGAGCCAGGGGGUCACCGUCUUUGAGGACCUGCAGCACGUGGACCCCGACGAGAUGUGGGAGGCGGUGCCCGACAUCCCGACCACGCUGUUCAACAAGCUGCUGGCCGAGUAUGAGGCGCGUGCGUGGGAGGUCCACUGGUGGAGCAGUGAAAAGGUUAAUGUAUUUGAAUUUGACUGA